UGCGGCCAAAUUAGUUGCUCCAGCUGCGACCGAAGCUGCAAACGAGCCGCUUCCACGCCGAUAGCUGCAGCUGAAAUAAAACAAAAAUAAAAAGGACCACAAACUGUCGACAGACUGGCGUUUAACCUCCGACCGACGGCCGCGCAGACGUAAGGAACGUCAAACUUUACCAGCUCCGCGUUAAAGUAAUGAAAGAGAAACACGUCCUCCCUUCAUGCCUACUUUCGACAAAAAGAAAGCUAUGGAAAUUUGCGACGGGAAGAAGAGGAGAAAGGUAAGCGGGGUGCGGGUGUGCAGGCGCGCCGUGGCCGGCAGGAUGAAGCGCGAGGCGGGCAAAGUUCUGCGCUCGCUCACGGUGGAGGACAACAACAACCACAUGGAGGAGGAGGAGGAGGACGACGACUGCUUCUCCAUCAGCUUCCUCCGCGGCGACCGGCUGGAGCCCUCCGUGGUGGUGGCGGCGCCCCGCUACAGCCUGCUGCGGGAGGUGGGUCGCGGCAGCUACGGGGUGGUGUACGAGGCCGUGGCCCGCAAGACCGGGGCCCGGGUGGCGGUCAAGCGGCUCCAGUGCGACGCGCCGGAGAACGUGGAGCUGGCCCUGGCCGAGUUCUGGGCGCUGACGAGCCUGGAGAACCGGCACCAGAAUGUGGUGCAGCUGGAGGAGUGCGUCCUGCAGAGGAAAGGCCUGGCCCAGAAGAUGAGCCACGGGAACAAGAGGUCCAGACAGUACCUGCGCCUGGUGGAGACCUCACUCAAAGGAGAGCGCAUCCUGGGUUACCCCGAGGAGCCGUGCUACCUCUGGUUCGUCAUGGAGUUCUGCGAGGGUGGGGACCUCAACCAGUACAUCCUGUCUCGUCGGCCCGACCCCCAGACCAACAGGAGCUUCAUGCGCCAGCUGACCAGCGCUGUAGCUUUCUUGCACAAGAACAACAUUGUCCACCGCGACCUGAAACCAGACAACAUUCUUAUCUCACAGAAAUCCGGCUCACCUGUUCUUAAAGUGGCAGACUUUGGCCUCAGUAAAGUUUGUGCUGGCCUAAACACCAAGAACAGCGAAGAGCGCCCGACAACGGGAGAGGACGGCAAAGGCAGCAACCAGAACAACAUCUCCAACAUAAACAAGUUCUGGUUGUCGUCGGCUUGUGGCUCAGACUUCUACAUGGCCCCCGAGGUGUGGGAGGGCCACUACACCGCCAAGGCCGACAUCUUCGCUCUGGGCAUCAUCAUCUGGGCAAUGAUUGAACGGAUCACUUUCAUCGACGCAGAGUCCAAACGUGAACUGCUGGGCACCUACAUUCGACAGGGCACAGAGAUUGUACCUGUCGGGGAGGCUCUGCUGGAGAACCCCAAGAUGGUGCUCCACAUCCCUCAAAAAGCCAGAAGCUCCAUGUCCGAGGGGGUCAAGAAACUCCUCCACGACAUGCUUGCAGUCAAUCCUCAGGACCGACCGGACGCCUUCCAGCUGGAGGUGCGAAUGGACCAAGUCACAUGUGCUGCAUGACACCCCCCACCUUCUCAAAACCUCUCCUUACCCUAACCAGUCCAAGAAGGGACCUCUUUCCUUCCCAGCUUUGUUUAUUACACGGACGUGGACUCCAGUGGACAAAGGGACUCUCUGACUAACCGAACUGUGAAGAAUCCACGAUCACGCGGAGCAGCAGCAAACGACGUCACGGCCGACGAUUCCAAAACUCGGGGACAAGGACUUGUUUACGACUCCACGCCACAGCGGCGCUCUUCCAGCACCAACCCGCUCACAAUCACUACGACUGUACAGCCGAGGAUGCUCCACCGGUCGUCUCUGAAAGCUGACUGGAUGCGAAAACCAGGUUUAUGACAUUGGUCGGUUUCUUUUUGUUGAUUUAAGUUCCCUACAGCCUCAGCGUUUGUAAUGUAGUCACCUGUGGCACGGACGACUGCGCCGUACUGCGCCAGUGUUUCAAAGCAUCCAUGAUGAUUGAGAGCAGCAGGCGACACGACACUGCCCCCUCUAACCUUGUGCCUUAACAAUGAUCGACACCAAGUGCAAUUGGGUUCUCGAAUAAAACGAUUCGUAGGUUGCGGUCGAAGCACCGAGACGCAGCUGGUCAAUUGGAUGUUUUUUUUUUCUUGUUAACGAUGACACACACCCAGUCUGCAGCAACGUCGUCGAGUUAAAACGGGACUGUUUGGAGUCCCUCCUCAAUGUGUAAAGAACUAAAAUGAAGAGUGUCACAUGUACCCUACCUUAAAACCUCGCUCACCCUGACGGUUCACAAACCUGCGCCACGCUCCAAAGGCAGAGGGGAAGGGCGAUGAGGAAAAAUGCCCUCUGAAGACGUAGCGGGUCGACUCUAGGAAAUACUGUGCAACCAAACGAUGUCUGGCAGGGAAUUCAAACUGAUCUUUUUGGGCAUUACUUACUGUUGAAUCCAAAGAGCCCUUGUUGGACUAAUUGCAUUUUUUUGUGUUUAUUAUCGCCAUGUUUGCGAAAUUUAUGACCAACUUGGUGGACAGACGGCCGCUUUGGUACCUGUGUAUGUUCUUGGUAUGGCGGUUUUGGAUUCCAGCUGAAACAAUUAGCUGUCACGUUGUCGUUAAGCGACGCUGAGCAUUGUUCUUGAUGCUCCCGUUUGUUGUGGAAUUAACAAUGUGUUCAUUUGAAAGAACAGCCGGACACCGAAGCAGUAUUGUGCAUCUGUGGCGGAAAUCUUCUGAAGUAGCUGAUUAGAGAAAUGUUCUGGGAAAAUUUGAGAGAAAAAAACCAACUCAGUUCACCGUCUCUUGGUUCUUUCUCCUCUUUGUUCAAGUGCUUUAAACCCUUUGGAGGGGCAUGUGAUACGUAUUCGGGCCGUGCUCGCUCGCUCGCUCGCUCGGUUGGUCGUGACCUAUUGUCUGUGUCGUGGUUUGCUAGUUCGUGAAAAUGUAUCGCCACACGUGCACAGGUAAAGACACAUAUGCUACUAUAGAGCCGUGAAGAUUUCCAGGAAGAUGGAGAAGAACAAAAAAAUAAUAAAAAAGAAGCUCAAUAGAGUAGUUCCAACACAGACCAGAGGACGCGGUUGUUUUGGUUUGGUAGCACGGCGGCGUAGUGUUCGGCUUCAGUAGACUUUGAGGCGUUUCGUAGUGUGGUCCUACCUCAUUCUCAGCACUCUGAAAUCUCCUAUCCAGUUCUCUUUGGCAAUCUUGUCUUAGUUUCUAAUGCAAGUGAGUGGGUUAGAUUUUUUACCUCAGACUCUGUCUCUCUCUUUUCUAUUUUAAACCUCUAACUGACUUUUCUAUGUGGCGUUUUGCGUAGCAACCAACACCUCGCGUCGUAAUGACUAUGUGUGCAGCAUCUUCUCUCUUAGCGGCUGAAUUACAGAGCAAGUCCAGCCCCAGGUCCACUCAGCAAUACGACAUUCAACACCUACAGGUCGUAUUAGUGGCAACGCAUGCAGGCCUCUGUGUGUUUUAAACAAAUUAGAGCAGUUUACGGAAAAUGUCACCCAUAGAUUUGAAUUGCAUGCGUUGUAGAAGAUCUCUGUAAGAUGACCUGACGAGUACUUCUUUUGGAAAAGAGUUGGUUCGACUAAAAAAUCCAAAGCUGAUAAAGUCACACAAGCGAAAGACUGGAUUUGUGUGUGAUUUUGCUUUUUCGUUUGAAUGUUGUAGUUUAAUGGAAAGUGAACACACGUGGUCGAUACCUGUGGGCACUGUAACUGUUGAAUGCUAACAACACUGAUGCUUCUGUUCAAACAUGAAGAUGUUCAAUUUGGGGUUGUUUUUCCUUUUCUUUUUUUUUUACUUUUGCCGACAGACUAGUGUAGCACAUAGAAAAUCAGUUUUUACUCUUCCAGAUGUUGGAUCUCUUACCUUCUAUCUGCGUGUUUACCAGUAAACCUGACGUGGCUAUGACAUAUGGUUGAGCUACAGAACCAUUGUUACUAACAGGUUGCACCCGCCCGCCCGCCCUGCUGUCACUUUCUGUACGAGCCACUUGGUUUCUCUCUCUUCAGACUAGUAACGAGUCCACUUGAAAACACUUUACACUAUGCAAGAUAUUUCACUGCCUCACUGUAAACACCGUACGGAGCCACGCCAUUCUCAAGAUGUUGUUGUAUGUUCUAUAAACUGUCUUCUUUUAGUGCAUUUGUUUUGUUUUUUUUUCCAAUUUGUACAAAAUGUGUUUUUGAAUAAAAAGUUUUUGUUUUUGUUAUUGAAGCAAAAAGGAGCCAUUAGAUGUCUGAGAAUGCAUCAUGUUUUUUUGCUGUAAAUAUGUUUGACAUUUCUUGAAAUAAAUGAUAAAAAAUAA